AAAUUUUUAUUAUUAUAUUUACUCCAGAUAAUAUAAAAUCCCAAAUUUUGUUUGUUUUGGUGUAAUUUAUAACAGUUUUUUUCUUCUUAAAGAACCGUGCUCAAAUACAAUUCGUUCGAUCUCGCAAUUCGAAAUCUUUGCUCCUAUCUGAAUCUUCUUCUCUUCAACCCAUUUCAAGAUUUUAUCCUCUGCAGCGUUUUAACGAGAUUGUAUCUCUCCAUGGACGUAGAAGAAAAGAGGAUUUCUUCUGUCUAUGCCAAGCCCCCAUGGAUAUUCAAAGGAAGUGCGCUGUACCAGAUUCAUCUUGUGAAAGCUACGACUGCUCGAGCAUUCAUCCCCAAAGAGUUUCGACUAGUUGAAGCUUUUGGAUACACUCUUGGUGGGUUUUUCCUCGCUAGCUACGAUGAUAGCCCCGCUGGUGUCUUUGAUGAGCUUGUUGUGAUUGCAGGGAUAGUAUGGAACCCUCCUACAUCAUGCGCAUGGGCCGCGAGGGUGCUUGUGAACAGCAAAGAGGCUUGUCAUCACGGACGCAAGGAAGUAGGACUUCCUAGCCAAACUGCAAGAUUUUCAAAGAAAAUCACUGCGGUUCCAAAGCGAAAAAGGAACAGAGCUUUUGGUUUCUUGGACACAAUUGGUUUGGGAACUACUCUGUCUCAUUCUGAGGAUUUGGUAGAGGUUAAGGUUAGUGAAGUUGAUGGUGCUACUUCUGCAGAUAUCUGCAAUAUCCAAACUAGAUCGGAUGAAUCAGAGACCAAAUUCGGAAAAUGGAUGGGACCAGCAAUCAAAAUGUCACUCCCGAGUUUUAGUGGCAAUACAAAGUACAACCCAAACCUGCUCAAAUACUCAUGCCACCUCCACUGCAGGGUGAGGCCUGUGAGACCUGCAGUAGUAUCAGAUUAUUUGGAAGAUGAGGUAGAGAAUACAUCAGAACGGAAUCACAUUUCACAAGAACCGUUCGGUGAUGAAAGGCGGUUAAGUGUAGCAGUGAUGCUAUCGAAACCAAUCAUGGCUCUUCAAUUUAAAGGCUUAACAAUGCAAGUAGAAGCUCCUGUUGUAGUUCACCCUUAAGCGUAAACACAACACUCAGAUUUCAAGAACAUACAGCUUCCUUCUUCCUACAAGAUCAUGGUAAAUAUCAGAAUUCUUCAGGAAGAGGAUGACCGUCCAAGAACGCCUUGAACAGCACAAGUGAUCUCUCAGGCUGUGAGAAUGGGACCUCAUGUGCAGCUCCUCUCACCGUUGCAAAUGACAAGACAUUUCCAUAGACUUGAGUCCACCCACCGACCUGAAUUAACAAACCCAAUGUGUUAUUUUUUUUUUCAUCUUUGUUUUGGUAACAUUAGAGUUUGUUGCUUGUUUUACCUGUUGUCCUGCAAACCAGACUCGAUAAGGCACACUUGUUCUCA